GCGACAAACCCCCUGAACAAGGACCUGGACUGGGAUGGUAUCAACGCCUUCUGUGAGCAGCUCAACAAGGAGCUAGAGGGUCCUCCACUUGCUACCCGACUUCUUGCCCACAAGAUCCAGUCUCCGCAGGAAUGGGAAGCUAUCCAGGCCCUCACGGUGCUGGAGUCCUGCAUGAAGAGCUGUGGCAAACGCUUCCACGACGAGGUGGGCAAGUUCCGCUUCCUCAAUGAGCUCAUCAAAGUGGUGUCACCCAAGUAUCUUGGCAGCCGAACACCAGAAAAAGUGAAGUCAAAGAUCCUGGAGCUGAUGUACAGCUGGACAUUAGGGCUGCCUCACGAGGUGAAGAUCUCAGAAGCCUACCAGAUGCUGAAGAAGCAAGGGAUUGUGAAGUGUGACCCAAAACUGCCUGAUGACGCUCCAUUUCCACCACCUCCCCCUCGGCCCAAGAACAUCAUCUUUGAUGAUGAAGAGAAAUCCAAGAUACUGGCUCGUCUCCUGAAAAGUUCCCAUCCUGAGGACCUCCGGGCUGCCAACAAGCUCAUCAAGGAGAUGGUUCAGGAGGACCAGAAGCGCAUGGAGAAGAUCUCCAAGAGGGUGAAUGCCAUUGAGGAGGUGAACAACAAUGUGAAGCUGCUGACAGAGAUGGUGACAAACUACAGCAAAGGGGAAACAACGGAAAGCAAUGAGGACCUAAUGAAGGAGCUGUAUCAGCGUUGCGAGCGCAUGAGGCCCAUGCUUUUCCGGCUCGCCAGUGACACAGAAGACAAUGAUGAAGCUCUGGCGGAAAUCCUGCAAGCCAAUGACAAUCUGACACAGGUGAUCAAUCUCUACAAGCAGCUUGUACGGGGAGAAGAGAUCAAUGGGGAGACGGUGGCUGGUCCCCUUCGAGGCAGCACCUCAGCACUUCUGGAUCUGUCAGGCCUGGAUCUUCCAGCCACAGGCCCUUCCUACCCAGCCUUGCCCACCUUUUCAGGUGACUCUGCAGUCCCCGUGCCUGACCAAGCUGGCUCUGUCUCCUUGCUGGAUGAUGAACUCAUGUCUUUAGGCCUGAAUGACCCAGCCCCGCAUCCUGCCCAGGCUGGUGACAGCAGUGGCUGGAACAGCUUCCAGUCAUCAGAUAGCAACGAGCUCAGUAUCACCCCUAUCACAGCAACACCACCAGUCAAAGCAGAUGCUGGUGCAUCCUCCCCCAAACCUCCUUUCACCAGUGGCCUGGAUGACCUGGACCUUCUGGGCAAGACUCUGCUGCAACAGUCUUUGCCUCCAGAGUCUCAGCAAGUACGAUGGGAGAAGCAGCAGCCACCCCCUCGGCUCACCCUGAGGGAUCUCCAGAACAGGAGCAGCUCUGGCACCGCAGUCCCCAAUCCCAGUGCUCUGCCAGUGCUCCAGAGCGUUUCCCCUAACCCACCACGACCUCCUGCCACCGCGCUGCCCCAGGAGAUCUCACUGGCCAACAUCACUGUGCCUCUGGAGUCAAUCAAACCCAGCAGCAUCCUCCCUGUGACCGUGUAUGAUCAGCAUGGUUUCCGUGUCCUCUUCCACUUCGCUAAGGAUGCCCUGCCCGAGAGGCCUGAUGUGCUUGUGGUGGUGAUUUCUAUGCUUAGCACAGCCCCACAGCCCAUCCGCAACAUUGUCUUUCAGUCCGCUGUCCCCAAGGUGAUGAAGGUGAAGCUACAGCCUCCCNNNNAGACCUGAAUGGUUUGUGUCUCAUGCCUUUCUUCCCCCAACUUGUGACUGCUUAUUCUUUUUCUCCCCUGUCUCCAGGAGAAGGUGAGGCUACGGUACAAGCUGACCUUCACUAUGGGAGAGCAAACCUACAAUGAAAUGGGGGAUGUGGACCAGUUCCCCCCACCGGAGUCCUGGGGAAACCUCUAG